AUGAAUGAUAAGAAAAAAAUAAAUAUAAACGAUUUGUUCAAAAAUAGUAAUGUAAAUCGUAAGGAUGGGAAAAAUAAAAAAAGUAAUGAAAAUGAAAUUAGUAUAAAAAAAAAAAAUAUAUGGUCUUUGUUUUCAAAUGUAACUGAAACUUUCAAAGAUAAGACCAAUGAAGAAUGUGAUAAUAAUGAAAAUGAUACAGAUAUUUUUUUUACUCCUAAAAAUAUAACACAAAAUAUUGAGAAGAAUACAAAUAAAACCUUAUUUAAAAAGACCCAUGAAAACCCUGAAAUAAAAAAAGAAAUAGAAAACAUAGCAAAUAGCUUUAAACGUAAAAAUAACAUUUUAUUAACCGAUAAAUCAGAUAAUACAAUAUUAAGUAGUAUAUUGUCAACCAAAAAAAUAAAACUUAAUUCGGAAAAAAAUGAAACUCCAACAACCCCAACAUAUAAUGCAUAUAAAGAGUUUUUUAUGCGAAUUAAAGAUCAAAACAAAAAUGCUGAAAUAAAUGAUGGAAAUACAGAAAGUUAUCAAGAUAAAGAAAAAAAAACAAUGCACACAAAUCUUAUGAAUAUUAAAGUUUGUAGUAAAAUAGAAGGUGAUGAUGUAAACAGUAGAAUAAACAAAUUAAACGAAAAAAAUAACCAACCUAAUAAAUGUCAUAAAAUUAUAACACUUAAUCAGACAGGAAGUUGUAUACCAUAUAAGACAGAAUUAGUUACUUCAGUAAAGGAAGGAGACAAUAAAAUUUCAUUUACUUCUAUAAUCAAAAAGAAAAAUAUAUGUGUCCCUGUAAAUAACCAAAAUAAAAUGGAAAUAAAAAAAAAAUCAGAUAAUCUUAUAAAAAGAGCUCAUCAUUUUAGUAAACAUGAUAAAUAUGAUAUUUUUAAUAAUAUAGGUGAUGAUAUAUUUAGAUAUAUAUUUUCAUGUAUUGAAAAUAAAAAUUUGAUGUUAUUAAAUAAAAGAUUUUGUAAGCUUAGUCGUUUGUUAAGAAAAAAAUUAAUAUAUAAUGAAUCUCUAAAAAAUUCAAUUUCUCCAGAAAGCAUAUUAAAAACAAUAUAUUUUUCUGUAAAUAUUGAGGUAUUAGAUUUAUCUGGAUGUUCACAUAUAACAUCCCAUCAUUUUAAUAUAUUAGCUAAUUCUAAUCAUAUUCAAUUUAAUAAAACCUUAAAAGUAUUAUGUUUAAAAAAUUGUAAUAAAAUAACAGAUUCAAACUUAAAAUAUUUGUUACACAGAUUUAAAAAUUUGCAAAUAGUUGAUAUAAGGAACUGCUAUAAAAUAAGUCAUGAAGGUAUAUAUCCAUUAAAAUUUAAAACUUCAUUGAAAAAAUUAUAUAUGGGAAAUAUUAUAUCUUCCAUUAAUGUGUCUAAUUAUCACUCUGACGACACUCUCAAAGCAUUGUUUAGUGCACCCAAAAAUUGUAGUGCACCCAGUGUCGAUAUCAAUUACAAUGCAAAUAUUACCAACCACACAAAUAUGAUAGAAGAGAAUAUACAACUAGAUACACCACUAAUCAAUCUAAUAUGCUUUGAAAUAACUUAUACAAAAAAUCUUACAGACAUUUCAAAUUUAUACAUGAUCGGAAAAAAUUUAAAAAUACUUAAUUUAAAGGGAUGUAAUAUUGAUAAUUCUUCAUUCAUUAUUUUUAAAAAUUUUCCAAACCUUUUAGCUUUAAAUUUGGCUGAUACUAAAAUAUCAAACGAUGUUAUUGAAACUGUAUGCAAUACCUCAAAAGGUUUGAAAACCCUCGAUAUAUCAAAAACAUUCGAAGUGCGUAAUAGUACAAUUUUUAAAAUACCCAGAUAUUUAACAGGGUUAAGAAAAAUCAAAAUCGCUUCUCUCUCAAAUGUAGACAAUUUUUGCAUAAGAGAAAUUUUUAAGUAUUGCAAAAAUUUAACAUCAAUCGAUUUUUCAAACUGUUGGAAAGUCAAUAAUAGUUUUUGCAAUGUGAAUGGACUCGAAAUUGCAUCAGGAAAUAAAUUAAAAGAUAUUGGAGCGUAUCAAUGUUCAAUUGAUAGAUCUGUGUGCGAAGAAGCUUUAUUAAGAAUGGGAUGCACAUCCAUCCGUGUUCAUAUUUAUAACGAGUUGAAAAUGUUUGAGACAUCAAUUUAUACCGAUAUUGAAUCUCUUGAGAAGGAUUAA